AUGUCAUUUAAAGUUCAUGAAUCAUUUUAUAUAAAGUUCAAUUUAAAGGGUGUUAUUGAAAUAAAAGAUUUUAGACCGGAUUUCAUAAUAGUUAAAGAAAGUGGUGAUGUAAAAAGUUUGAUGAUAUGUGACGCAAAAUCUUCAAAAAUGGUACAACGUUCUCAUCAGAUUCAAGUAGCUCUUUAUGUAUACCUUCUAAGUUUAAUUAUUCAGGACAUCCCCGAACUUAAUGUUUCAGAUACAUAUGGAAUUUAUUUAUCAUCUUUCGAUUUACAAGAAUUUAGUGUAAAAGAUUUACUUCCGGAGAUAGAAAAUUUUUUUAGUGAAAUAUUACCACGAAUUAUGAAAACAUCUAAUUUACCUUGGCAUUAUAACUCAAGAUGUAACAAUUGCGUCUUUACAAAUUAUUGUAGAGAAGAAGCCAAGGGUACCAUUGCAAUGAUCCCAAACUUAUCACAUGGUAAAGCCAAGCAAUUGAAAAAAAUUACUGUUAAACAGAUUAUUAAAUAUGAUGAGAAGCUGAAGAGCUCUUUUUACUUGAAAAUGAAACCUUGGCAUGUUCAGUUCGUUGGAGCAACUACAAAUUUUCCUCAAAGAACAGAUCAUAAUUUAUUAAUAUCUAUGUCUUGGGAUCCUUUAUUGUUAAGACCUUUUGGAUGGGGAAUAUGUCUAUAUGCUAGCGAUAACGAAAAGGCAAUCGAAAAGAAAAUCCAAUGUAAGUCAAUUUCAAAUAAUGAACCUCGCAAAGCAUUCAUCCAACUUAUGAAUAAUUUCACUGAUUUAUUGGAAAAGUGUUUUAAAUACUUGAAAGAGCAUGACUUAAGAGCUUGUGCCUUUGUCUAUUCUGAAAAAGAAAAGGAAUAUAUUCAAGAUUCAUUAUUAGAUAUAAUAUCUAUUGAGAGUACUAAAACAGAUAUAAUAGAACUUAAACGUAAGGCAAAGAGCUGUUUAUUUAAUUUAUUCGAAGAUUCAAAGUUAUUAUUAGCACAUAAGCAUCAUAAAUAUAAGCUUACAGAACUUCCAGAUGAAUGGCGAGAAAUUCCACGAUUAGUCGUUUUAGAACAAGCGAUAAGAGAAAAUGUCGCAAUUUGCGUUCCCGGAUUUUAUCGCUUAACUGAUAUUUGGGAACAGCUGGUGAAGCCAAAGUUACAUGAUCAAGAAUUACUAAAUACUUUAUACCCUAUUAAACAGAUUGAUUUAAAUAAUAUUUAUUCUUCAUGGAAUUCUGCAGUCCCGAAACUUCAGAUUAAUAAUGCCCAUUCGUUAAGAAUUCAAUUUGGAUCUGCAGUUAUAAAUGCUUAUUAUGAGCUUCUUAAAGAAUCAACUUGCGACAUUGCUACUAAAUUAAUAUUUGAGACACCAACUUUCACUUUUACUAAAACUAAAAGUUUUAAAAAUCAUUAUUUGGGUAAAUUAUAUUUUUUCAAACAGCUUGAAGCUAAAGCAGAUUAUGAACAAAUUAAGUCUGAAAGGGUGAGAGAUUACAUACGAAAUGAUAUUGUCGAUGGAAUUCAAAUUCGAUAUGAAAAAUCUAUUAAAUCAAAGGAAUGGAUAUUCAGUAUUUUGAGUAAUAAACAAAAAUUAAUUAAAUUAAAUAGCAAUCAAUAUUAUGAACAAGUUUUGCUUGUUGAGGAUAGUCCCGAGGGCAUUCUGCAGGCUAUUCGAUUUCCAGAUAUGAAACAUAUGGACCACCAAGUUGUACAGUUAGAUAAAAUUACAACAUCAGUUCGUAUUCAAAACAUUGAUCUACAAAAACAAAAGGUUUAUCUAAAGGGGACAGUUAAACUAAAUCUAGAUAAAGAUAAGACAUAUCUCCUUUACGAACGUUAUGUUAAUUUUAAAGUUUUAGAAAUUCUAUGUGAAAUUGACAAUAGAGGCGCAAAUUCGGUGUUUAUGAACCUCUUGAAAAAUACAAAUGAUUGGUGUUCUAAUCCUAUAACUCUGAAAGAAGGACAGCCUAAAGGAGAAUUAUUGGAAGGGAGACUACAAAUUAUUUCGGGACAAGCCAGUUCUACAAUUGCGCCAUUUAUCACGUGGUAUUUGAGCUCUUUACACAAACCAACAGGUGAAAAUACGAAUCAUAUAACUGGGGUAACAGCAUUUUCAAAAACUGCCAUUGAAAAAUUGUUGGAGGGAAUUUCUGUACCUAAGCAAGUAAAGAUUUUUAAUUUGAUCAAUAAAAAUAUACCAUUGGAUAAGGUGAAAGGAAUUAAUGAAAUUCCUAUUGUCAUUGGAGGUACGGUUUGGGAUUGGGAUAAAAUAAGAAAAGAGUGGAAAGAUAGUUGGACUGGGUGCGAUAUUAUGAUAAUCGUUCAAGGUACCCAGGCAAGUGAAAAAUUUGAUGCUAGUCUCGCGAUUGAAUGCUUGAAUCCAGAGACCGGAAAGUUAAUAAUUGUUGGGGACGAGGAAUUGAAACCCUUUAUUCGAAGGAGUUAUCCUAGUUUUCAAGACCAUCCUCUCUUAUUUGAAUCAAUCCAAAAAUGCAUGAAUAAUUCGUUGAAAAAAUAUAAAUAA